AUGACCGCAGAGACGCAGCACUCGCCCGCCGAGGCCAGUCCUGUCGUCAUGUCUCCAAACGUGAGCCUGGACUCCCCGCUGCCUCCGCCGCCUCUCAUGCUGCAGGCCCGCUCGAAGGACAACAUCCUGAUCAAGUCUGAGCCCAGGGGGAGCAGCCCCAGCACGGAGGAUGGAGCCGCUCUGGGGCAGACCGAGGAGCACUUGCCUACUGGGGGCAGCAGGCGGAGGAAGAGGCCCGUGCAGAGGGGCAAACCUCCCUACAGUUACAUCGCCCUUAUCGCCAUGGCCAUCGCCAACUCCCCCGAGAGAAAGCUGACCCUGGGGGGCAUUUAUAAGUUCAUCAUGGAGCGUUUUCCUUUCUACAGGGAGAACUCCAAGAAGUGGCAGAACUCCAUCCGCCACAACCUCACCCUCAACGACUGCUUCGUGAAGAUCCCGCGGGAGCCUGGCAGACCCGGGAAAGGGAACUAUUGGACGUUAGACCCCGCAGCUGAGGAUAUGUUUGAUAACGGGAGCUUCCUGAGGAGGAGGAAGAGGUUCAAGCGCACAGAUGUAAGCACUUACCCUGGGUACAUGCAGAGCUCCAGUGCAUUCACACCGACUCCAAUGGGCAGGCCCACGUACCCUAACACCUUGUACGCGGGGAUAGGGUCGGGGUAUGGGUCUCAGCUGACUGCUACAUCCCCUCAUCCGGCCAUGUUGCAUCACUACCAGACAUCUGGACAAGCCCAGCCGCGCAUGUUCAGCAUCGACAACAUCAUCAGCCAGCAGACGGUGGUCCAGGGUGGGGACCUCAACUCCCAAGCUCUUGGGCUGCACGGCGGAGCUGACCUUGGCACCAUGACCUCCAGCUGUUCCGUCACCGGCCCCGACCCCUCGGCGUGCUUUCAGACCCAGACUGUCAACCCCUCAGCGAACAUGCUGGGCAGAAACACCGGGAACCUCUCCUCAAACUUAGGGGGCGCGUACCCAUACUCCACGUCGGCGUCCCCUCCGACUUUACCCGCUAUGACCCAGUCAGGGUUCUCCCCCGGGAGCUCUCAGGUGUAUUGUUCCGGUAACAGGCUGCCUCUGCCGGCCCUACGCCCCGGCUCGUGCGCCGAUCAUACGGAGCAGCUGCUGGGCCUCUCGAGCCCCAUGAACUCCUACAACAACAGCUACAUGAGACAGGCCAACUUUGCGUCAGGGUUAGAGCGCUACAUGUGA